UAAAUACAUUGUAUUAUUAUUCAACUAACCGACAAACGUACGUCAACUGGAUCAGAUGGUUUGGUUAGGAUUCAAAUUAAAUAUGUGGAUAUCAGCAAUGUGGAUACGAGUGGAUUUGUUUUUAUCGGUUCUUGGAUAUAUUUAUAGCCAAGCCGUCCCCAAUGUUUUUGUUCGAGAAUCAUCAUAUACGGUACAGUUAGGAUCGUCCAUUACUCUGGAAUGUGACGUGAGUUCAGACAUUCAACUUUUGUCCGUAGAAUGGUGGCGGAGAAUUAAAAAUGAUGUGUUUGUGAUAACAUCAUCAUCCAAUACAAAUAAAUAUAGCGGAAGUACAAUAUCAAACCCGUCACUGACGGUAAUCAGUAUGACAGAAAGCGACCAGGGCAUUUACACAUGUGUUGCAUACAGUGAGAUUGGUGAGGGGAAAUCUCAAGACAUAAAACUGAUGCUCAAAUCAGAUUUAUGCAAUGGAACAAUAUACAGUCCUGCCUUAAGUGCUUCAUUACAUUUUAAACCGGUUGCAAAUAAUACAAUGACAAAUUCUUAUGAAAUAUGUGGAAAAGAUCGAAAACCAGCGGCAUCAGCCUUGUGUAUCAAAACAGGCAAAUUUUCUUCAGAAAUAAGAAAUGUCAUUAUACAUAAUUACUGCUUUAUCACUUCGAUUGAAGACACAUCUGACAAGUUAGAGGAAAUAAAAAGAACAGAGAUAAAUAGCAGUAAUACAGAGACAGUCCUGUCACAACUUAAGAACCUUACAGCUACCACCAACCAUUUAACUGCGGACGACGUAAUUACUGUUAUAGAAAUAUUAGAAGAUAUUGACCAAAUUGGAAGUAUCAGUAUCAAGGAUGUGACUUACAUAGUUGAAACAGUCGACAAUAUUUGUAAAGUUAAAACAAAUAUAUUGCAACAAGUACAAGAUGAAUAUGCAGGAACAAACAGGAUUUUACAAAUUUUAGAUAUGAUGGUUGUAUCUUUGGACAUGAAAAACGUAACACAAGCAGACAUUUUUACCGACCAUAUAAUAAUGCUAGUUGUGUCUGUGCAAUUGACAGAAGUUCCAGUCAUUGGGUUUCAGUUAGAUCAAUCAUAUUUUGCACUCAAUGCAACAACAAAACUUUCUUCCGAAACUGAUCUAGAUGUGGAUAACCUGGAUGUAGCGUUUUUGUUACCACCUGACUUGUUUUCUGAUACUAACCUUACAAAGACAGUGGUUGUUUACAUUUACAAAGACUUAAAGCUAUUUCUUACAAAAUCGCAUCACACCAACGAGUACACGAAUAGUAGAGUUAUUGCAGCUACUUUGAAAAUUGAUGGAUCCCUUAUAAACAGCCUAGAUGGUUUAAAUGUGAAAACGUUUUUCAAACCAACAACGGAAAGAAGCGAUGUAGACUGUGGUUACUGGAAUUAUAGUAGUAAUAGUUUGUCUGGUGGAUGGUCAACAGACGGUUGCUGGCUAAAUAGAACAGAAUCGGGACGUCAUAUUUGCUUGUGUGAUCAUCUAACAAACUUUGCCAUAAUAGUUUGUAUAUUGCAGAAUAUAGAGGGAGAGGAACACCUUGUAGAUAAUUUACUCAUAAAUGGAUUAUCCAGGCUUGGUCUAUUAUUAUCUAUUGGUGGACUUUCGUGCAAUGUCAUCAGUUUUAUAAUAUUUAGGGCAUUACGGAAGAAUAAUCAAUCAAUAAUCUUAUUCAACUAUUCUCUUGCUCUUCUUUGUUUCCUGGUUGUUUUUGUGACUGGUAUUUCACAAACUGACAAUUUACAUGUUUGUGUGACCGUUAGUGUCUUACUACAUUAUUUUAUGCUGGUAUCCUUUAUGUGGAUGUUCGUCGAAGGAAUCCAACUCGGUUACGGCAUUGUUAAAAUGCAGACAACAGAAAACAUUUCAUUGAUCAAGUGUUCGUUAGUAGCAUGGGGAAUUCCCGUAAUUCCUGUGGCAGUUUUGUUGGCAAAAGACUACCGGUUGUACAUCGGAGGAACAAAGGCGUGCUGGCUAUCCAGAACAGCUUUCUUUUAUGCGUUCUUAGCACCUGUUGGCACUAUUUUACUGACAAACUUGAUAGUUUUUACUUGUAUACUUAGACGUCUGUCUAUUAGAUCACCUGGUAUGUCAAAAGAUGACGAGAAACGGGAUAACAGGAAGAGAAUCAGAGCAGCCGUGUCUAGUAAUGUUCUGUUAGGUUUGACAUGGAUUUUUGGAUUUCUUACAAUUGACAAAGCCAGUAUAGUAUUUCAAUACAUUUUUGUAUUCCUCAAUGUGUGUCAAGGAUUCUUUAUUUUCCUGAUUUUCACACUGGGACACAGAGAGAGCAUCUGUAAUGAAAAGAAAGAAAAAAGUUCGGGAAAAGGGGUUUCAACUGAUAAACAUAGCUCAGCUGUAUCAGGAAAGACAAUAGAUACACGGUUGUAGACUUUAUGUACGUAUAUAUGGUAAUUUGCUGAACAUUGGUCGUGUACAAAGAGGAUAAUCCCGGGUCACAUUUAAACCCGCACAUCUAAUGUUUGAACAUGUGUUGUAAGGAUACAGUUAUUAUUUGUCUGUUUUACAAUCUUAAAAAAAAUAAUCAUACCAUA